UCCAGCCUCACCCUGACACAGAGGACCCAGGGCUGUUUCAGCAGAGUGCUGGCUCUCGGGAAGGAGCCCGAUGUCUAUCAGCGUGCGUGUUACCACCAUGGAUGCUGAGCUGGAGUUUGCCAUCCAGCCCAACACUACAGGGAAGCAACUCUUUGAUCAGGUUGUCAAGACAAUUGGUCUACGAGAGGUCUGGUUUUUUGGACUUCAGUAUCAGGACACCAAGGGCUUCUCGACAUGGCUGAAAUUGAACAAAAAGGUAACAGCACAGGAUGUACGCAAAGAAAGUCCCCUGCUCUUCAAAUUCCGUGCCAAGUUCUACCCAGAGGAUGUGGCAGAAGAGCUGAUCCAGGACAUCACGCAGCGCCUUUUCUUCCUCCAAGUGAAGGAGGCAAUUCUGAAUGAUGACAUCUAUUGCCCUCCAGAAACAGCCGUCCUUCUGGCUUCCUAUGCCGUCCAGUCAAAAUAUGGAGACUUCAAUAAAGAGGUGCACAAGUCUGGCUACCUUGCUAGCGACAAACUGCUCCCACAGAGAGUUCUGGAGCAGCACAAGCUUAACAAGGACCAAUGGGAGGAGAGGAUCCAGGUGUGGCAUGAGGAACAUCGAGGAAUGAUUAGAGAAGAUGCUGUCUUGGAGUACUUGAAAAUUGCACAGGAUCUGGAAAUGUAUGGUGUGAACUACUUCAGCAUUAAGAACAAGAAGGGCUCUGAACUCUGGCUAGGUGUAGAUGCUCUUGGACUCAACAUUUAUGAGCAGAAUGACAGGCUAACACCGAAAAUUGGAUUCCCUUGGAGCGAGAUCAGAAAUAUCUCAUUCAAUGACAAGAAAUUUGUUAUCAAGCCUAUUGACAAGAAAGCACCAGACUUUGUAUUCUAUGCCCCUCGGUUACGGAUUAACAAACGAAUCUUGGCACUUUGCAUGGGGAACCAUGAGCUCUACAUGCGCAGGCGUAAACCAGAUACCAUUGAGGUGCAGCAGAUGAAAGCGCAGGCUCGAGAAGAGAAGCAUCAGAAACAGAUGGAGAGAGCCCUGCUGGAGAAUGAGAAGAAGAAGAGGGAGUUGGCAGAAAAGGAGAAGGAGAAGAUUGAACGUGAGAAGGAGGAGCUAAUGGAAAGACUCAAGCAAAUUGAGGAGCAAACCAAGAAAGCUCAGCAAGAACUGGAAGAACAGACCCGCAGAGCUAUGGAGCUGGAACAGGAGAGAAAACGAGCUCAGGAGGAAGCAGAGAAACUGGCUAAAGAACGUAGAGAAGCAGAAGAGGCAAAGGAGGCCCUGUUGAGAGCGUCCCAUGAUCAACAAAAGACCCAGGAACAGCUGGCUGCUGAGAUGGCAGAACUCACAGCUAGGAUCACGCAGCUGGAGCUGGCCAGGCAGAAGAAAGAAAGCGAGGCCCAGGAGUGGCAACAGAAGGCACAGAUGGUGCAGGAGGACCUAGAAAAGACCAAAGAGGAGCUGAAGACUGCCAUGAGCACCCCUCACGUCACUGAACCCAUGCACUCUGAGAAUGAGCAUGAUGAUGAGCAGGAUGAGAAUGCGGCAGAAGCCAGUGCUGAGCUACGAUCGGAGGCCACCAUCAAGGACCGCAGUGAGGAGGAGCGCACCACUGAGGCAGAGAAGAAUGAACGGGUCCAGAAGCACUUGAAGGCUCUUUCCUCAGAGCUGGCAAACGCUCGGGAUGAAACCAAGAAGACAGCCAAUGAUAUGAUCCAUGCUGAGAACAUGCGUCUGGGCCGAGACAAGUACAAGACCCUCCGUCAGAUUCGGCAGGGCAACACCAAGCAGCGCAUUGAUGAGUUUGAGUCCAUGUAAACUCUCCCCUGCACCUGCUGCCCUGCACUCUCUUCUCCCCUCUUUCCCAUCCUCUCCCGCCAUUCACUCGUAAUCGUGCUACGCUGGAACCACUACAGAAGAGUGACCACGGUCUUAUUUAUCAAGUUUUGGGCAAAUGCUGGAGUUAAGCAACAGAAGAAAGAAUAGUAUUUACAUCUUCCUGGGGUGGCUUUGGAAAGCAAAUGUGUAUUGGGGCAAAUCUGAAACUGUUUGGCUUUGGGUAGAGUCUCACUGCGUUUAGUUUUGUAUUGCUUACUGAAGGGGCUGUGUGGCUGUCCUCUCCCGUGGAGUGGGGAGGCCAGCAGAUACUUUUACUGAGUUACAUAAAGUGCUAACAGUUUGACACUGUGCCUUCCUACUAACUUGCACAAGCUUCAGUAUUAAGCUUUGUAGCCAGGGUCUGAAUUUCUGACUUAAUACAGGGUCUGAAUCAUGUAGUUGAGAAGGGGAGGCUGGAGCUUCGGAAGAAGGGUUGGAGGUAGAAUAUGGACUUUCUUUCUAAAAGACCAAAGCUUUUGUCCUUUGAACAUAAGCAGACCAAACAGAUUCUGUGGCGUUCCUGCUGGUGUUACCUUUUGUAUAAUGAUGGAAUUUUGAAUUUCCUAAUCAUGAGGAGGCCUUUGGAAUACUUCCACUGAUGCAGUGAGGUUUGGAGUCUCGAAUUCCCUGCCUUCCAGAAUGUUCGUCUCUGGUAAAUGGCUUUGUUCACUGUCAUUUGUCCAAUUUGAAUGUAACCAGUGAGCCAGAGAUAGCUAAAGAACACUGCCUUCCUUUUUGGGUUUGCCAAUGGAAACCUAAAGGGGCAGGUAGAACUGUAAAAGGCUAAAAAUGCCUGUAGCUGUAUUUUCCCUUUCUGAACCAGUACACUUCCAGUUGUGCGAAUAGGAUUUCAGGUUUUUCCAUAAGAGGCCUUUCUAGCAGAGUCAUUGGUGCCUUAUGACCCUGUAUAGAUCUGCUGUAGCUCAGAUGCCUUUAGUUUAAACUAGAUGCAAUCAUAAAAAGCGAUCAGCAGUUGGGGACCAAAAACUACUGUUGUAUCUGGGUCGUGUACAAGACUGCAUCUGUCUUCCUGGCUUCAAGCAGCGUUUGAGGGGAGAGGGUCCUGAGAUAUUUGUCCAAUUGCUGCCUUAAUCCUCACGAGCAUUCUGCCAGAUCCCUGGCUCAAGUGCUUUUCCUUCCCCAGAAGGGUGCUUUGCCCCUUUGUAGCUUUGUGAACAGAAGGCUCUGUCUCUUAGAAACGGGACGCUGGUGGUUGUGAGGCUGGUCCCAAGAGCCAUUUGUACCAGUUGCUGUAAUACCCAUCACCUCCUGUCUUCCAAGCUAUCCAUGCUGUAGCUGCCCAGAGUCCUUCCUGCCAUUUCUGGGGAGGAAACAGCCACAUACGCUCAGGGUUGAAUUGGAUUUUUGCCUUGAUCCUUCAUAGAAGGAAAUGUUAACCUUCAGAAGAGGCCUCUUAAAAAUGGAUUCUACCUACAGUGGACUCCUCCUUUGCUUUGCCCUCCUUGGAUUAGCCUCUCCCUAUAGGAAGUCAUCAGGCUAGCCUGCGAUUUCUCUGUUUUUGUGGAUUCCCCCUUCGUAUGGUGUCACCGCUAAUGGUGAUAGAAGGAAAACAUCUGAAUGCUAGAGCUUUUCCAUCUGCAUGCUCUAUGGAAGAGUUAAAGGGGGACUGUGCCAAAAAGAAACAUUCAUGAUAGUGUUAAUAAACUGCAGUAUUUCCCCAAGAAUUCCUUGGGCUGCUGGAAACAACCUUACCAGUGCUGUAUUAUUGUAUUUUUUUUGGAAGCAAUAAAAGUCUGUGCGGAGAUCCACGCGAGCACCAACCAACCUCUGUUAGGAGCAUAGCGUAGCGGCUUGCUUCUAAACAUCUCGGUAAGUCACGUGGGAGCACCCUUCUCUCCCCUGGGCACAGCAUGGUUUUGAGGGGGACAUGACAUCGUAGGCUUUUGGUUGGCCCAACCCACAUGCCUCGCUACUCUUGAAAGCACAAACGAAAGAUUGCAGUUAAAUCUGUCAGAACCGCUUUGCGUGUUUCUGUGCUGAAGGGUUAUGGGCACUGGCUCCACGUGAGUCUCGUUACUGGGGGAACAGACAACCUUUACACUUCUGUUUUGGUGCUUUAAAGCUGGUUCUCGGCACUUCUGCUCUGUCCAUGGCAACUGUCGAUGUGUUUGCAGGGAGAAAAGCCUUUAUUAAAUCCUAACAAUUUCUUAACAAGGUGAUGUAUGGUGCCUGGAAUACGUGUUCAAAUAAUGAACUAGUAACCCUUUUCUGCUUCGAUGGGUCACACAACACUGCUGAGCUCCUGUAUUAUGAUGCUGGCAUGACUUCUGUUUAUAGGAUUUUUUUAAAAUUGUUCUCAUUCCAAAUGGUCCAAUAUAGGAAUAGAAC